AUGGACAGCACGAGCUUCUCAGGUGCUCAGCUAUAUGUGGAGCUGCCUCUUUGGGGAAGUAUGACGGAGAAGGAGGGGAUAGUGUGGCAGGAAAAGAGUCCCUUUUUGUGGCCGGACACGCUUACUAAACGUCCAAUGUCGCUCGUAUCAUCGAACAUAUUGCUUUUCGGUCUGUAUUCAUUCCUGGAUUUCUUUAAAUAUGCUGAUCCGUAA